AUGAUCCUUGCGGUGUGCUUCUCCUGCGUCCUCAGCAGCGCCUCCCACAUUCUCUGCCUCCCCGCGAUCUUCCUCUUCCCGCAGGAGUGGCGGGAGUUGAUCGUUCCAAGCUACCACUUCCUGGACAUCACGGCUGAGAUCAUCGGCCUCGUGUUCAUUGUUGGCAUCCUGAAGCCGCCAGAGAAGCCCUGCCUCCGGAAAAGGCAGCCCCUCCGGGGCCUGACGAGACUGACGGAGGACCUGCCCACGACGGCCGAGAACGCCAAGGUGCAGGAGCUGGCAACUCGCAGCAUCGACUUGUCUUCCAUCUUGGACUUCUACGAAGACCUGGGCCCAAAGGGGUGCAUGAUGCUUCACUUCGACCCCUACCAUUCCACCACGCACGACGUUGUGCGCCAGGCCAUCAUCCCUGCCUCGCGCUUGGGCUCCGGUGGCGUGGCUUACGCGGACCUCACGCCGCGCGCGGUCAAUCCGAGGAUGCCCGAUUGCAUGGUGACGCACUCGUGGUCGAACCUCUUCGUGGACCUCGUCGCCGCGGUCGUGGCCGACUCCCUCGGUCUGGAUGAGUACGACAAGGUCGCCCAGUGCCUGCGCCGGGGCCACGUUCAGACAUUGCGGCACAAGCUGCGCGCCAAGGGCAAGCUGUGCCACAGCUACUGGAUUUGCUGCUUCUGUGUCAACCAGCAUUCCAGCAUCUGUGCUGGCCCCGGCCCGGCACCUUUGGACACACAGGCUCUCGGCCGGUGGCAGCGGAACUGCCGCGACACGGCCACAGGCUUGCCCAUGACGUUCUGCAACUGCCUGGAGCCGAAACUCACCAACGACGACCCUCGCUGUGAGGUCAACAAGUUCGAUGGCAUGAUGCUGUGGCUCCAGUACAAGAACCCAAAGCUGAGGCAGCUUGUUGCCGUGGACCACAAGUUCGACGUCUUCUCCAGAAGUUGGUGCGUCGCAGAGCUGGUGGCAGCGCAUGGCGCUGACAUCCCGCAGACGGUCUGUCUGGAAUCCAGCAAGCCCUUCGAUCCCUACGCGGAUGACCUGGCCAUCUACGACCACCUGGUGAACCUUAGUGUGGCCGACAGCCUGGCUUCACGGCCAGAGGACAAGGAGAUGAUCCUGUCGAAAGUCUCGUGCAUGCGGGAGUUCGAUGCAGCCCUGCAGAUGCUUAUUUUUGGCAACCGAGGCCUGCUGACGAAGAAGUUUGUCGGCUUCGACUUGCUGGAGCCCGCGGCGCGCUUCACCCGCCGCCUUUGCACGCUCCGAUCCAUCGAGAUUUGA